AUGGGCAUGUCAGGCGCACGCAGCAAGAGCACCAAGGUGGUGCCGGCCGUCAUCGACGCGCCGAAGGCCGCCCGCCCGGACCGCCGCGGCUUCAGCACAGACUCCCCGGGCAUCCCGUCCGAGACCAAGGCCGCGGUCACGCGCGAGAUCAGCAAGAUCCGCAACGAGGACGCCCGCGCGCGUGCCCUCGCGAAGUUCCGCCGCGCUGUGCGCAAGGCUGUGCUGAUGAAGAAAGUGACGGGGCAGUUCCGCACGCUGCGCGACAUGUUCACGGACUUCGUGCUGGACGCGGACCGCCUGCGCCGCGUCAAGCUCCUCGGGCGCGGCGGCUUCGGCACCGUGGAGCUCAUGUUUUACCGGUACGACGACGGGAAGGAGGUGCCGCUGGCGAUCAAAACGCUGCUGCCGGAGGCCAUCGACGAGGCGGCGAUCCAGGACUUCCUGAACGAGGUGCAGACGCUGAAGCGGCUCGACCACCGCAACAUCGUGGGCUUCAAGGGCAUCGGAACCAUCCGGUCGGGGGUGUCGCAGGGCGAGGUGGUGGAGUCGCUGGAGAACCUGAGCCUCGAGAGCGCGGACAUCUUCCUCGCGCAGGAGUUCUGCGAGGGCGGGACGCUCCGGAACCUCAUCCGCGCGGUCGAGCUCGACGGCCGCAAGCUGUAUACCUUUCGCCAGGCGCUGCGGUGGCUGCGCGACGUGGCGCGGGGCAUGUCGUACCUCCACAACGCGCACCCGACGGUCAUCCACCGGGACCUCAAGCUCGAGAACGUCCUCCUGACGUCGAAGGACCCCUCCAAGGCCGCGGCGAAGAUCGUGGACUUCGGAUUGAGCAAAGCCUAUUCAAGAAAGGACGUUUUGCUCGACGUCCGGCGACGCAAGAUCCUGGUCGGGGACUCCGGGGAGCUCGCGCGCAAGGCCGCGAUCCAGGCCGCGGCGGGCAAGGGCCAGCACCACGGCGUUCACGGGUCGUUCCGUGCCUCGGGGGCGGCAGCACCCGCCAUCCCGGUCCGCGUGGGGGCCGCGAACGCGCAGGUCCACCAGCUGUCGGUUGUCAGGGAGGGCGAGCGCGCCUCCGUGGACGGUACGAGCACGGUGGAGGCGCCGCAGGCGGACGACACGCCCGUGGCGACGGGGUCUAUGGAAGGCAGCGACAAGGAGGUGGCAAAGCAAGUGGCGGAAAGCAUCGACGCGGCGCUGAUGUGCCAGGAGUCGAGCGUGCAGGAGAGCGAGGUGCCGCGGGAAGGGCUGGGGACGCGGCCGGAGGAGAUCGAGCUGGAGCGGCUGAAGAGCCGAGGGUACAUUCCGAGCACGCACAAGAUAUUCAAAGAGUAUGUUCCGGUGCAGCUCACGGGCCUGACUGGCUCGCUGCUCUACAUGGCGCCCGAGGUGUUCCGCUCGGAGAAGUACAACGAGAAGGCCGACGUCUUCAGCUUCGCGGUCAUCGCGUACGAGCUCUUGACGUUCAAACUCAUCUCCAGUCACCUCCCCAAGGCUGACUUCUACAACUGCUACGGGUACGCGGAGAACGUGUCGAAAGGCUGGCGGCCCGACCUGCCGAAGAAGUGGUCGAGGGACCUGAAGCAGCUCAUCGAGUCGGCCUGGGCGGGCCAGGGCGGCGAGCGGCCGAGCUUUGCUGACAUCGUCGAGCGUCUGACUGACAUCAUCGAGGCGCUAGACUCCCCCGCGGGCGCGCAGGACACUGCCGGCGCGGGCGAGAAGUCGUGCUGCGUCGUCAUGUAG